AUGUGGCCCCCAGCAGAUAUACAUGUGGACCCCAGCAGAUAUACCUGUGGACCCCAGCAGAUAUACCUGUGGACCCUAGCAGAUAUACCUGUGGACCCCAGCAGAUAUACAUGUGGACCCCAGCAGAUAUACCUGUGGACCCCAGCAGAUAUACCUGUGGACCCCAGCAGAUAUACCUGUGGACCCCAGCAGAUAUACAUGUGGCCCCCAGCAGAUAUACAUGUGGCCCCCAGCAGAUAUACAUGUGGCCCCCAGCAGAUAUACAUGUGGCCCCCAGCAGAUAUACCUGUGGACCCCAGCAGAUAUACAUGUGGACCCCAGCAGAUAUACAUGUGGCCCCCAGCAGAUAUACAUGUGGACCCCAGCAGAUAUACAUGUGGACCCCAGCAGAUAUACAUGUGGACCCCAGCAGAUAUACAUGUGGCCCCCAGCAGAUAUACAUGUGGCCCCCAGCAGAUAUACAUGUGGACCCCAGCAGAUAUACAUGUGGACCCCAGCAGAUAUACUUGUGGACCCCAGCAGAUAUACAUGUGGCCCCCAGCAGAUAUACAUGUGGCCCCCAGCAGAUAUACAUGUGGCCCCCAGCAGAUAUACAUGUGGCCCCCAGCAGAUAUACAUGUGGCCCCCAGCAGAUAUACAUGUGGACCCCAGCAGAUAUACAUGUGGACCCCAGCAGAUAUACAUGUGGACCCCAGCAGAUAUACAUGUGGACCCCAGCAGAUAUACACGUGGACCCCAGCAGAUAUACAUGUGGACCCCAGCAGAUAUACACGUGGACCCCAGCAGAUAUACCUGUGGACCCCAGCAGAUAUACACGUGGACCCCAGCAGAUAUACCUGUGGACCCCAGCAGAUAUACACGUGGACCCCAGCAGAUAUACACGUGGACCCCAGCAGAUAUACACGUGGACCCCAGCAGAUAUACCUGUGGACCCCAGCAGAUAUACAUGUGGACCCCAGCAGAUAUACACGUGGACCCCAGCAGAUAUACCUGUGGACCCCAGCAGAUAUACAUGUGGACCCCAGCAGAUAUACACGUGGACCCCAGCAGAUAUACACGUGGACCCCAGCAGAUAUACACGUGGACCCCAGCAGAUAUACAUGUGGCCUCCAGCAGAUAUACAUGUGGCCUCCAGCAGAUAUACAUGUGGACCCCAGCAGAUAUACAUGUGGACCCCAGCAGAUAUACACGUGGACCCCAGCAGAUAUACAUGUGGACCCCAGCAGAUGUUCGUGUGGAUAA